AGUGAGUCUGUGUGGGGUGAAGGGGUGGCGUGUAGUAGCCGAGAUCACUCGGAAACUUAAAUGUAUGAUUUGUGUCUUUGUUUGUGUGAUAUUGUGGCCUCUGUGUGUGUGAUGAGGUGCUACUAUACAAGUGCUGUUGAAAUGUGCCACGUGAAGGAUCAGUCGUAAAAACCUUGGAUUUACCCAGCAAGUUUUAGCAGCAUCGAGGAGGAGGAGGAAUCAGUACUGAGUGCUCUCGGCGUCUGUUCGUGCGUCCAAGGCUUGCAGUGGAGUGGGAGGGGAGUGGAGUGUGUCGUCGCCGUGUUCUUCCUUGACCAACUCCCCCCCGCCCCGUCCUGACGACCUCGACGAUUUCUGUCCUCAUCCCGCCCACCCCACGCCGCCCACGCCAGGGGUUGCCUGCACGACGACGCCUCCCCCUGCGACGGGCCAUGCAGGGCACCUGAUGUGCAUGGCGCCCAAUGAUGGGUCGGGCGUGCGGGUGGGGCGGAAGGGUGGUCACGACGGUGAUCAGCUGAUGGGCGGCUGCAACCCGGCGGCUGGUGGCGGCCAGGAAGUUCACACGCCUCCUCACAAAGAUCGCCCUCCAGACACCGCUACCGCCGAGGCCCCGCCCCCGCCUGCCACCUCCUUGGCAGGGCGUGUGCACACGCGGCGUUCCCCUCCCGAAGAAGGAGGAGGAGGAGGACUUCUGGUCAACCAACACCAGCAGCAGCAGCAGCUGGGUGACGGCGGCCACCUCGCCCACCUCCCUCACCGCCGUCGUCGUCUGACCACCACCAUCGGCCAUGCCCAGAAACGUUCUGGGGAGGACGACGGCCCAGGGACGGGGAAUCAUCCGCUGGGCGGCGUGGGCGGGGGCAUGGAGAGGCGCAGCAAAGUUGCCCGGGGCUCUGGCCCGACGUCGCCUCCGGCGGUCAACGGCGUGAAGCGGCUGAACGGCUGCGUCAAUGGGAUAGUGAACGGUGAAUCAGUGAAGGCGGCCGCUCUCUUGGACCGACUGGCGGGGCUGCCCCCCACGGGGGACGAUGUGAUGAUGAUGGGCGGCGUGGUGGAGAAGCGCGGGCGCGGGCAGCAGCAGCAGCAGCACCACAACAAUCACCACCAUACGCGAAACAACCAUCACAACCACCACCACAACCACCGUCACACCCACAACAAUCACCUCCACAACAACAGCCUCGCCCACAGCAACGGCCUUAUCAAGGAGGCGCUGCAGAACGGAGGCGUGGAUCACCUGCUCGAGAAAAACGGGCUGAAGGGACUCAACGGCAGUGUUGUUGGCAGAAGGGUGAACGGCACCACGCCCGCACCACCACUGCGGCCACAACUCCCAACAACAACAAACAACAGGGCCGUGUCCUCCCCGACGGGACCAAAGGGGGAGAAGAGGCUCAACGGUGCCCUCACCCGACUGACGCCCACCCACGCCCACUACCUGCGUCGGGGCGUUAGUGGUAACCAUACCAAUAAUAAAAAUCACCUUCAUACCAAUAAUAAUAUAGAACCGCCCACCUUAUUGCCGCCCACACCCACAACCAAAGUGAUUACGCCCCACAGUGAUGAUCGUUCUUCAUCCCCCAUUCAUACCCUCAACCAUCCCCCAUCGCCUCCCAUUUCCCCUCCCAGCCUCCUCACUUCCUCCUCCUCGUCCUCCUCCUCCUCCUCCUCCCCUCCCUCGCCUUCCUCCUCUUCCUCGUCCUCCUCCUCCUCCUCCUCCUCCUCUUCCACUCAUCGUGCAACUCAGGGACUGCUCCUUCUCCCGGAUCCUCCGCCCCAGGGCUUAACUUUUAACUGUGAUGCCGGGCUGACCCCGCCCACCCCCUCAUCCACUCCCACCCCUCCCGCCGCCCACCAUAAUAGUAAUAGUAGUAACAACAACCACCACCACCAUCCCACCCACAACAACCAUCACCAUCACCACCACUAUCACCACCAUCAUCACCCGCCUCCCCUUUCUCCGACCCCCGCCCGAUGUUCGGCCAAGUCGUCGCCUCCUCCCGCCCACACCACCAAGAGCAGGAGCAGCUCGGCCAGUAGCAGUAGUGGGGUGGGAUCGUCGGCGCCCAGUUCAGCGCCCAGUUCCGGCACCUCCACGCCCACUCCCACUACUGUACGUUUUCCUCCGCCCCUCAAGAAGGAACCAGCUGACGUGUGCCGAUGGAGGGACUGCAAUCUCACCCUCGACCCGGCUGCCUCCCUCUUGGAACAUAUACAGGCUGUGCAUGUGGAGGGUCAGCUGGAGGCCGAGAGCUUCCGGUGCUUAUGGGUGGGAUGUAAGGUGUACGACAAGGCUUCUUGCUCGGUUUCGUGGUUAGAAAGACACGUACUCACGCACGGAGGACACAAGCCUUUUAAAUGCAUCGUUGACGGCUGUGGUCAAAGGUUUUCGUCACAGACUGCUUUAGGGAGACAUGUGAACCAUCAUUUUAAUUCUACGACGACAACCCCUUCCCCAAGGCCGCCUUCACAACCAUCCCCUUCAAAACUUAUACGAAAAAAUGGACGGAAGUGUCGAUAUAGAAAAAAGCCUUGGUCAGACUCAAGGGCUAAAGUUCCAGUCCCAGCUCGCAUGUUUGACGUGUUUGAUGUGGGUGUCAUGGAGCGUGUUCGUUGGAGGCUGAUGUGUGUAACUGAAGUGCAGAAUGGAGGCAUUCCUCAGGCCCCUAAUAAUGCCUUCACUGUUAAACCUCAGGUUCUUGCAAGGCGUGCUUCUCCCAAAGGAAGUACAGAGGUUCUAGUGAAGUGGUGUCCAUCAGGAGUUUUACCUGAUGAGUGGAUGCCUAUAGAACAGCUGGAGCCUUCCAGGGUCAUCCCACUUGAAAAACUGUCUCCUGAAGCCAAACAAGCAGUUGCCCAGCUCUGCUAUCCAACAAAGCCUCCUCCUCAAAAACACAGACGCAAGCGGCCUGCGUGUCCAAAAUCUGUCAAUUUAUUAGAAGGAUCUAAAGAAGUGUAGGGAGAACUUUAUAUAUUUUUCUUUCAUUUUUAUUAGACAGAAGUUAGGUCUUGAUCUCAUUCCAUUGUGGAGUAACACAAUAAGUGUGUUUGUGUGUGUGUGUGUGUGGGAGAGGGCAUUCCCCAGGUGUCAUAUCUGAGGAAUGCUAUAUUGCCCACAGUUGGAGCUCAGAAUGUUGAACUGGAUUCUGGAUAGAUCCAAGUGAAAUGGACCAAAUACUGGACCAAAAAUAAUUCUGUGCAAAUUAGAAAACUUUUCUUUGUGUACAGUUGCCUGUGUAUAUUUGUAUAUAGUGUGAGAGUUGAACAACCAGCAUAGUUUCCACUGCCAGGAGCUCUUAUACUAUUACUGUGUCUGUAAGGGUCACGUGACCAGUGUUAGGGUAUUAUAUGUCAUCAUUGUGAGCCAGCAUUACUACAUCCACAGGAUCUAUGGCAUCAUUACUUUUUUACCUUUAGAUUAAUGUUUUCUUUUUAACAUUUAUUUGUUAAGAUCAUAUACUUGCAAAUGCCAUAGUUCACUAAUGUGGAGACGUGGCGAUAGUUUUGGCCGCUGAAGUAAACCAUCACUGCCAGACAUUCAGGACCUGAUCUAUGCCAGACCAAACCACUGACAACAAAACGGGUGAUCAUUAUGUCUGUCUGUUUAAUUGUAUAUCUCCUGACAGCUGUGGGUUUCAGAUGUGGCUUUUCCAUUUUGUAACCCUUCUGUUUGGGUAGAUUGCCAGUUUUCCCAAUUUUUAUUGCUAAGUUAUAUGUUCAUGUGUGAAUGUUAGUGUUCUGUUAUUUAUAAGUCCUCAAAGCUUUGGACAUAAGUGGGGUCUGGCUGGAGAGGAUUCCCUGUAUGCCAACACUGCCCGUAAUAUAAGAUUAUCAUUAUUUAAUUAUUUUGUAUUUUAAAUCAUGUUUUAAUCCUUGUUCCCAAUAUUUCUAUUCUACAUGGAAGUCUCCCAGACAAUGUAUUUAAUUAUAUGAGAAUUAAACUGUUAAACAUAGUACCAACCAUUGGUAUCAGCAGCAAAAUCUUCCUCCCGCUAGGUUUUUCAUUUUCUUGUUAUUGAUUUCGUUUGUUGUAGUUGUUAAUUUGUUUAAUUGAUCUUGGAUUAAUGCCUUCUGAUAUCCUUUCACAUUUCCUGUCCAUUCUACGUUUUAACUUCAUAACCUAUAUAAUUUCUGCCGAACAUUGGUGCCAUAUUUUUACAAAAAGAAACCCACCCAAAAUCCAGUUGUGUAAUACAUUACCCAGUUUUGUAAUAUAUUGCACAUUUGUGCACUACAUGCUCAGUUGUGUAAUACAUUGCCAAACUUCCCCCACUAAGUAUCAGAUACGCUCAAUGUGAUCUCUUUGCAAAAGCACUAGGGCUUGACCAUGGUGCAUGUUGGUGGUUUAGUGGAAGGUAAGAGGACAAGUAAUUACUAGGAGAGUAUUCAGUAGAACUGAUAGUUUACCUGUGAUGCUGUCAUUGCAUUUUUGAAAUAGUGUGAUUUGAAUAUUUUAUACAGUUUUGUUUGGUGACAUUAAACAGUUAUUAGAAAUAGUCCUGUUACUCUCUACUAAACCAGUAAAAAAGAAAAUAAUGGUUGGCAUUUCAGUGUGUGUUACACUGUCUUGCACCAUCAUACUAGUCACUAGGGGAUGCCUGGAGGAAAAACAAGCUUCUCACCUCAAUUAAAAAGGAAACAAGCGUGUGGCUGUGAAAUAAUCAUUCCAGAAGGAGCUCAAAGUUUUUGUGGCCAGAAUAUGAACCGAUCUCAGCUGUUGCUCCAGGAUAGGUAUGGAGUAAGUGAAGAAGUACUCUACAUCAAAUGGAUUCUGUUCAGUGAGUUUAGUUAUUUGUCCUGGUAGUAAUGGAUUUGCUGUCUCAGGUUUUGUAGCUGUAUGUGAUAAGUAUAUUACCUCAUUUUUAAUUUUUUCCAACUAGGGCAUUUUCUACCUAAAGAAUCAAACUGGAACUGUACCUAAAAGGACUAUUUAUAAAAAAAAAAAAAAAUUGUGAGCUCUUGAAAGGAAUCAAAUGCCAGAGGAGUCUUUCGUGUCAAUCCAAGUGAAGAAGUUUGUUUUUAACCCAUCAUCCCUCUAUAUAUCCUACUCCUUGUUCCAUGAAUUUCCAAAGGCUUCCUCCACUUCUCUUUAUUUCAUGUGUGAAGUAAAAUGAAUUGAAGAUUUUUCAAACUUUCAGAUAUAUAUACAGACUGAUGAAAUUAAAUGGCAUCUUUUUGUGUUGGUUGAUGGUCAAGAAAAUACUGUAAAAUUAAUUCCUUUAGUAAGGUUCAUAUUUUACUUUUGCUGUGGCUGAACCUGCUUAACCUUUUCAAAAGGUGCCUUACAAUCUCUUACAUCAGUCUUACUGCUACGUAAAAUAUACUACACCAUUCAUAUACAAAUGUAUGUUGUUGAAUUGUGUGUGCAUAAGUUCCUUGAGAAAAAUCAUAAUUUAUCUAUUGUACGUAUGUAUAUCCGCAGAUACAGUAGUAGUUCUUUCUAAUUCAUCACUGCUCUUGUUACAAGUGGAAUGGCUCAUAACUUUUCGGUAGAUGAGAGAAGUGAAGGAAACCUGACCCUCCCUUUUUUUAUGAAACUUACAGUAUUCCCCAAUACUGGCAUACUUUAAAUUGUUAAAUUUAAGUUGACCAGAUAUGACCAGAGCCUAAGCUAUACAUAAAAAUGUACAGCACAUCCAUUUCUCUGUUUCAGGUAUAUUAUGCCUAUCAUAUAGGUUGACCUAAUUUAUUUAUGUGUUCUAUAGCCUUUGUGUCCUCUUUAAUAUGUGACUUAUACCUUGUCUUUGUUGGCUGUUUAUCAUUAGACACAGAUGAUGCUGUUCUGUUGAUUUUUUGUACUUUUCUAUGUUAUCUACUUAUUUGAGUGUCCGUAGCACAAUGGGAUGCACAGGCAGAUUACAUGGUAUUCUAUCCAUUAUGUGCUGUCAUUCACAGUAAUGGGUAAAAGAGGAAGACAAUUGUAGUAAGAAAUAAAAAAGUAAGAAAAUGAAAGGAAGAAGAAGCAUAGAUCAAGUAGUUAUGUGAUGUUAUCACAUAAUUUUCUCCACUUUCUGCUUUUCAGGUAGAUGAGAAGAUUAAUGAGGUUGUAAAGUUAGGCAGUACUAAUUGCAAAAUAAUAAUGAGUGCGUAAUGUUCAGUUUCAGGGUUACUCAGCUCCAUCAGGUGAAAGUGCGUGUGUGAGGAAGUUGUUGCCCUGUUGUCUGAUUAACUUUGUAUCAGUUUUACAUGUCCAUUAGGUGUGUGGGGUUAUGUAAUGAGUAUGCAAGACUGCAAGGUAAAAUAAAAAGCAUUAUUGUUAAUGGAAAGUUAGGUUGACUCAGGUACUGUUCAGUACUAGUUUUGUGAAAAAUUUCCUCAUUAUGUGUGCUCAAUUUAGUUUGAUUCUCAUAUGUUGUAUUAACAUGCUCUUCAUAAACUUGAGUUACUGGUUUGUACUUUGAACAACUUACCAUAUUUUAUAAUAUUGGUGUUAUCCAAGUAAUGUAGGUAAUUUUUAGCAACAUCAAAAGAUUAAAAUUUAUUUAUCUAUAUCCUGGUAGAACUUGUAAAUCACCUACAUUUACUUGAUGUUUAUUGUUAGAAAUUCUUAAGUCAUUUUAGGCCUACAUGAAAAUUUUUUUUAGUAAUGUACAUUCAUAGGCCUAUGAAACACUUAUAUUUUAUACAUUUUUAUUUAUUGUGUUCUUAAUUUUAAUGAAAUGAAGUCAGGAUAUUUUAUAGGUUCUUUGUCAAGCAUUGGACUAGGUUGAUGUGUUUCACUGAUAAGUUUACAAAUGUAAAUCCUGAAUUCCACCACCAGCCUCAAAUGACUAGAAGAGGGGGUUGUUGUAUUUUAACAGUAUUUCACCCAUCCAUGAAUUUCCAAGCUGCUUUUCAUUGUAUGUCGCAGUGCUCUUUGAUCUAGCUCUCACAAAGUUACAAACACAUAGUAUCAUAAAGUUUCACCCAACCAUUUUAGAGGUCUUUUCACCCUCUCCCUCCCCUGUUUUGGACACUACUGCAAACAUGAAUAUAAUAAUACUGAAACUCCCAAUGGCCAUGUAUCUGUAUUUCCCAUACUACUUGUUGCACUCAGAGCCCUGGCCACAGAAUAUCCAGUGCCUUCCCUCUGUAGUAGGGAACAUAUCUUGUAGCUUCUUUUGUUCACUUGUAUCCUAAUAACCUUCACUUAGGAAUGGAGAUAGUAUCACAUAAUUUAUCACAACAAAAUCUUGGGUGCCAUUAUAAAAUGUAUUAUAGACUUAAAAACAUGAGUCUGGGAGAACCAACCAAAUAUCAAAUUAUGCCUCAACACAUUAAAAACUAAUACUGUAUUUACCUUUGCAUUUGAAUAUAACACCCAUAUUUCAUAAAACUUAAGGUUAUUGGUGCUAGCAACCAGCCUUUCAGGCUAAAGAAAAUUCUUCAAAAGUUUAUAACAUUUUAAAAGCCCCAGUGUCAGCACAUCAGCGCCCAAAAGAUUGCAUGAUCCAAAGAGAAAAAGAGCUCUGCAGAUGGAAAUCACUCCAUGUCAUUAGUUUCCGUUAUGAAGCUAUACAGUGUACUCAAAAGCACUUCAUGGUAGUUUUAUCAACUCAUUCCCCAAACUGGAGAUCUCAUGUAUUGGAAGAAGAUAUUUAUCAUUUUUAGGUUUGUAUUGUGUGUGUUUUCCAGAUACUUUUGUUAAUAUGGUGAUAUAAUGAAACAAGCACUGCCAGUACUGUCAGGUUUAUUAACUAAGUAUAUAUCAUAAACAAUUGUGUGCCAGCUACUAUUACUGCCUGUAGUUACAUGUGACAAGCAUGUAAAACAAUUUCUGACAAAGUCUAACUAGGUGCUGUGGUGUGCUACUGUAAACCAAGCUCUCGUUUCUGGAGGACUGGAUGGGGAUGCCAGUGCAUUCUGUCUCUAGUAAUUCUUUACACUUUUGAUUUAUAUUUACAAAAAAGGUGGAUUGGAAUACAGUUUUGCAAAGUUUUUGUUUGAAAAGUUUUCAAAUUCAUAGUUUUUAUAUGAUACUUUAGUAGAUGAAAGGUUCAAAUGCUUUGGCUUGGAAUCGGUAAAACUGAGGCAGAUUUUUAAUAAUACUUUGUUAUUUAUUUUUGGUUUAUGAAUUUCAUUAAUUUGUUUUUUGACAUUGUUUCUUACUAUUGUACAUGAAGAAUUUUUAUUAUGAAAACAAUAAUCCUACUGAUCAGCCCAUACGAGUAUUUAUGAACUUGUGAUAGAUGUAAACCAGUUGAUUGGCAUAAAAGUGUGAUUAAGGCUUAGUAAGAUAUUUUAUGGAAUUUGAUGUUGCAUUUGUUUUUGUAUAUCAACUUAUUCUUGUAACACAAGAUUUUGUCCAUAUUUUAUUUACAUCUAUACUUUUGUAAAAUUGUUUAUCAUUCAAUUUAGGUAUUUUGAUAACCAGGUUCAUUUAUGGCUUCAUUCUCAAUACAGGUUAAUCUGCCUCUGAAGAGUACCUUUGUAUUUAGUGGUGCAGGAUUAUGUUUUCAUAAUCUAGUAAUUUUAUGAGACCAUAAUGAAUUUGGCAUCCCUAGAGCAGCUGAAUGACUAAAGUAAUGAAAGACACCUAAUGAAUUGCGUUGGCUAUUUAAUUGUUUUAGAUGUUAAUGGGAAAUAGUCUAUGAAUAUUGGGUGUGUAAACACUUCUAUUGUGAGGGCUGAUAAUUGACCCCCCAAGUUAGAAGACUGCCAUGCUAUGGUGCGCUGAUGUUGCUUGUGAUGAUCUCUUUUGCAGUACUUCCUUGGGCACAUUAUUCGAGUUGUCAAGCAAGUUGACUGUUGAUUUUCAGUGUUGUCACAGAUACGGACAUUCUUGUGCAUGGUAGUGAUGUGGAAAUUGAUUUAAGCAUUUCUUUAUAACUAGAAUAAUGUGCUUGAGGUAAAGUGCAUCUUCACACAGGUGAUGAUUGUGAGGCUCAUUUUGAGGUUCAUCACUGCCAAGGUUAGAAAGCCAAUAGUGUACCCACUGCCUUGCAUACAAGUGAAACUAAUUUAUUUUGCUGGACUAUGAUGUGAGAAGGAAUGUGUUCCUUUAGCACAGGGUUGUGGCAGGUUGGUGCUCUCCAACUGCAGUUGAAAUUUAUACAUUCACUUAAAAUCAUUUAAUAUGGCACAUUAGAGUGACUCUCAAUUAUGUUGUGUUUGAUUGCAUUGUAUGUAGAAUAAAGUUUAAUUGAUUAGUGUAGUUUAUAAGAGAGCAUACUACCUCAGGCAGCCCUGUGGUACAGUGUGUAGAAUAAAUGUGACAAGAAGUUAA